AAAAAAAGAGUCCAAAUGGACUACUCCCUCCUCCCUCUCGGUCAAAACCGCCUCAUCCUCCCCAGUUCUCACUUUUCCCCUAAAUUGAAAGAUACGAACCCUAGCUCCUCUCUCUGCCUUUGCCUCUCAGCGAAACGCCGCCACUGGGUCGCCGGAGUACCGCCAGCACCAGUACCAAACCUCCUUCACCCUUCAAUCUCCUUUCCAUUCACGAAUUCUCAAAUCGAGGGGAAAUCCUUAAACUCUUCUCCCUCCUUACUCGACGGAACGCCUCCACUCGCGACACCAAAUCGCCGGCGUCGUUGCCGACGUCGUAGUGUGCUCGUCGCGCUCUGUCGCCGCCUCCAUUGCUUCUCCCGAAUCCGCCGUUUUCUCCAAAUCGUCGCUGCACCAGAGUCGACGCCACUGCACCCUCCGUUUCGUCGGUCAGCACUACCGCCGCCUCACCGUUCUCCGGCAGAUUUGUCAAGAUUGGGGAAAAUAUUGAAAGUCAGGGGGUGUGUGGAACUGCAAUCCGUCGUUUCCGGGCUGCCGAGCCGGAAUCCGGCAGAUUCGUUCACAAGAGAUAAGUUUCUUAAAUUACCUUGGUUUAGCUAUUGUAGGAUUUUGGUUUCUCUAUUCCAUGUGUUUGGUGAAUUGUGAGUAUAUGCCUAGAAGACUCAGUGGUGAAACAUGUUGGUAAACUUGCUGUGUGUUGUUGAUUUCAAAUUUGGGGCAGAUUCUACUUUCAAAAUGUAUAUAUAUGCAUAUGCUUGUACAUAUAUGAAAGAAAAGAAAGGCUUGGGAUUCACUAUGCAUUCACGCUGAUUGAAAAACAUGGAGGAGGGUUUUUACCUGAUGAAAAUGCUGAGUUUCAAAAGAACUUGGAAAAACAUGGAGGGUUUUUACCUGAUGAAAAAGCUGAGUUUGAAAAGAACUUGGAAAACUCUUGCUACCUAGCUCCACUCUCUGCCCCUUUCACCUAGAAACUCCCUCUCUAACUCUCUCUAUAUUUGCUGGAUUUCGAUGUGUGUGGGAGGUAGGGGUUUAAUGCAUAUGAGGGGGGUUCUUAUAGGCAAACUUUGGUGUAUUUGGGAGGAAUUUAUGGGACAGAUCCUCAUUUGUUUUCAUACGCAGCAUAUCCCCUUGUUUGAUCCUCCCUGCAGCACUUUUACUUAAGAAUUUUGGUGUUAUUUGUAGUACUAUGCACUUUGCAUUUAUUUCUUCUUGUUCGUUUGUGGCUGGUACAUAAGCAUGGAUUUGCAGGAUUGACUUGCCCCUUUUGUGUAAGUCUUUGGUCUUCCAACUAAAGAGAGGUUGUCUCCUUCCUCAUGGUAAGUUUCUUUUAAUUUCUUUUGUUCUUUAGUAACUAAAGGUUGUUUUUAUCUUGUAGGUGAGGGAAUGGCUUGUCUGCCACGUUGCUCUCGCCGCGACGGGCUCGCUGCCUCAGGCCUUCGUGCUCGCUGCCUGGAGUCGAAGGCUGUACGGCCACGGGUCGUGGAACGGGCCCAAAGUGCAAGCCAUACUAGAUUUUAUUCUUUAGCUUUUAGCCCAAGGUGCAAGUCAUACGGGAGACGAUCCUAUAGAUUAAUGUAUCUUGUUUUCGAACGCUUUUAGUUCGGGAUAACAUCUUCGUAUUCUUUUCUCGUCGUUUGCCGUAUUUCUUACACAUUCACAUAUUUAUGUACUCUCACCGUUGUAACAUAGAUACUGAAACUCUUGUAUUGAUUCUAACUGAAGGCAUGGUUUUUUAUACUCUUCAA